CAGCAGCCGGCCGAGGCGGCGGCAGCCGAGGAGGAGCCAGCGGCUGCGGAGGGCGGGCGGCCCAAGCGGCGGCGCACCGCCCCUGUCGAUUAUGUUGCUCUGAAUGCGCAGCUUGACGCGGAGGCGAAGAGCGCCGGCGGGGGCGCGGAGGGCAGCAAGCAGGGGUGA